AGUGUAUACCCACUUUUGAGCUGAAGGAGGCACAAUCAUUUUUGUCUGUUUUCUAGGAUGAUAAUGCCCACCCAGAGUAGGAGUUCUUCCUCUCCAAUCUGUCUUUUCUAGAACACCUGACUUCAUAGAAGCCCCCAGGGGUGGAGAGCAAGAGUGCUACCUGGUGGUGUCCGAGGUGUCCUGGUGCUAGGGUGGGGCAAAAGAGGUGCCUAAGGUGCUGUCACUCCCAGGGACACCACCUUUGACCUCUUAAAUUUUGCACCCUGGCAUCUGGCUGGCCUCACCUUCCUCCUGACCUUGUUCUGAGGUUGAGUAAGAGCCAGGCCACUGUCACUUCUUACGCCUCCUGCUAUAUUAAGAACAGAAGGAAACUGGUUAUAAAAAUACACAAUUUUUUAAAAGAUUUUGUUUGAGAUGGAGAGAGAGCACUAGUGGUGGGGAGGGUCAGGGAGAGGGAAAAGUAGACUCCCCACUGAGCACAGAGCCUGAAAUGGGGCUUGAUCCCAGGACCCUGAGAUACGACCUGAGCCCAAGGCAGACGCUUAACCAACUGAGCCACCCAGGUGCCCCCAAAAUACUCAGUUUUUAUAUACAAACUCAACAGUAUAUACAAUCUUUUGAGAGAGCAGCAAGCAAAGGGAGAAGUAGAGUCCCACUGAGCAAAGAGCCCAGUGCUGGACUAGAUCCAGGACUCUGGGAUUAUGAGCUGAAGACAGACACCCAACUGACCCACUCAGGCAUCCCCAAAUAACAUCCUAAUGAACAACAACACCAAAGACUACAUAUAAAACCAUUGGGAAACCAAGUUUCGGUUUGUACCUCAGUGAAUGUGAGGCCCAGGCAAGAUGGCCAUUCUCACUACCACAACUGUGUUGGCUGUGACAGGUCUUGGCUGGGGCUUCUCCACUGGGUUGCAAAGCCAUUCCUCUAAGGAUUUCUCCCACCCUGUAACCCAGCUCUGCCACAGCUCAGAGACCACAUCUAUCAGGAAUGCCCUAGCUCCGCUUGUCCUCUUUCCUUUUCCACAUGGGGCUAGGCUCCCAGACUCCUCCCUGAAUUGCAAGACCCAAUGGGUAUUUCUUAACUUUCUUUUGAUGCAGUUAAUUCCUCAUAAAACACUCAAGUUUCCCGAACUCCACUCGCCCUAAAUUGGCUCCUUACCUUGCUCUUACCUCCAUAAAUCCUAGAUUGGCUCCUUUAACUUCCCAAGAGUUAAUCCUCGAACUUCUCUCUCUAUACCCCUCCCAGGUGUUUUCAAAUAUCUUUGUCUUUUUUUUUUUUUUAACAGUUUCAUCGAACUAUAAUUGACAUACAACAUUCUGUUCAUUUAAGGUGUUCAGUAUAAUGAUUUGAUACAUGUAUGGUGGAAUGAUUACCGCAGUAAGUUAGCAUCCAUCGUCUCAUAUAGUUUUUUUUUCUUGAGGUGAGAACUUCCAAUAUCUACUCCCAGCAACUUUUCAAUUCUAUAUGUAGUUUUUUUUUCAAGAUUUUAUAUCUUUCUUCGUCAUAGUAUAAGCAGUGGGAGUGACAGGAAGAGGAGCAGGGAAGCCAAUGGAGGGCUGGAUCCCAGGACCCUGGGAUCAUGACCUGAGCAAACACUUAACCGACUGAGCCACCCAGGUGUCCCUCUCUGUAUGGUGUUUCAUAUACUCUUAAAUAAUACAGUAUUAGAGGACUAAGCUUCACAUUACAUCCACAGGACUUAUUUAUUUUACAGCUGGAAGUUUGUGCCUCUUAACUACCUUCCCUCACUUCUCCACUACCCCCCAACCCUGCCCUCAUGCCCACCUACCCCCACCGCUGGCAACUAUCAGUCUGUUCUCUGUUUCUGUGAGUUUGGAUUUUUGUAGAGUUCACAUAUAAGUGAGAACAUAGAGUACUUGUCUUCAUCUGACUUAACUUCACUUAGCAUAAUGCCUGCAAAGAUGAAUGUAUAAAGAAAAUGUAUGUAUGUAUGAAGGUCCAUAUGAACAUACCACGGAAUAUUAUUCAGCCAUUAAAAAAGGAAAACCUGCCAUUUAUAACAACAUGGAUGGGUCUUGAGGACCAUCUAUAUGCCUUAACUCCUGUGUUUUGUGUGCGUGCGUGUGUGUGUGUGUGUGUGUGUGUAUGGGGUGGUGGGGGGUUUGUUUUGUCUUAACCUAGACCUCUGAGCUCCGGGUUCAGAUACCAGACUGUCUUCUCCACUUGACUGUCUCAUUGGCAUCGCAAACUUAAAAUGGCAGCGAGGGGCUCCUCGGUGGUUCAGUUGGCUAAGCAUCUGCCUCUCCCACUCCCUGUGCCUGCCACUCUGCCUGUUUGUGCUCUCUCUCCCAAACAAAUAAAACUUAAAAAAAAAAAAAAUAGGGGCGCCAGGGUGGCUCAGUGGGUUAAAGCCUCUGCCUUUGGCUCGAGUCAUGAUCCCAGGGUCCUGGGAUCGAGCCCUGCAUCGGGCUCUCUGCUCAGCAGGGAGCCUGCUCCUCCUCUCUCUCUCUCUGCCUGCCUCUCUGCCUACUUGUGAUCUCUAUCUGUCAAAUAAAUAAAUAAAAUCUUUUUAAAAAGUUAAAAAAUAAAAUAAAAUGGCAGCACAAACUGAUUUCGCUCCUAGCCCAGCACCUCUUACAGUCUUUACUGUCUGAGUUCAGGGUACCUACAUGUACUCAGCUGCCAAGAAUCUUGGAGUCAUCUUGGGUACCUUUUUUUUUCCUUAAGAUUUUAUUUUGGGGUGCCUGGGUGGCUCAGUUAAGCAUCUGCCUUCAGCUCAGGUCAUGAUCCCAGAGUCCUGGGAUCAUUUCCUACAUCGGUCUUCUUGCUUGGCAAGGAGCCUGUUUCUCCCUCCACCUGCCUCUCCCCCUGUUCUUGUGUGCUCACUCUCUCCAACAAACAAAUAAAAUCUAAAGGAAAAAGAUUUUAUUGUUUUUUAAAUGUAUUUAUUUUUUUAAGAUUUUAUUUUUAGGGGCACCUGGAUGGCUCAGUGGUUGAAUGGGCAGCUCUUGAUUUUGGCUUAGGUUGUGAUCUCAGGGUCAUUGGAUCAGGCUCUGCCCAGUGCGGAGUCUGUUUGUCCCUCUCCCUCUGCUCCAUCCCCCAUCUGUUCUCUCUUUCUCUCUCUCUCUGUCAAGUGAAUAAAUGAAUAAAAUUUUUUUAAAAGAUUAUAAUUUUAAGUAAUCUCUACACCCAACAUGGGGCUUGAACUCACAACCCCAAGAUCGAAUCACAUACUGUACUAACUGAGCCAACCAGGCGUCCCAUCUUGAAUACCUUUCAUUCUCACAUCCGAUAUCCAUCAACAGAUCCUGUUUUUGUUUUUGUUUUAAGAUUUUAUUAAUUUAUUUGACAGAGAUCACAAAUAGGCAGAGGCAGGCAGAGAGAUGGGGAAGCAGGCUCCUUGCUGAGCAGGGAUCCCAGGACCCCCAGAUCACAAACAGCCGAAGGCAGACGCUUAACCAUCUGAGCCACCCAGGUGCCCUAUACAGAUCCUGUUUUUUGUUUGUUUGUUUGUUUUAAAAAUUUUGUUUAUUUAUUUGAUAGGGAUCACAAGUAGGCAGAGAGAGAGGGGGAAGCAGGCUCCGGAGAGCCUGAUGCGGGGCUUGAUCCCAGGACCCUGAGAUCAUGACCUGAGCUGAAGGCAGAGGCCCAACCCACUGAGCUACCCAGGCACCCCCAGAUCCUGUUUGUUUUUUGUUUUUUUUAAAGAUUUUAUUUAUUUGACAGAGAGAGAUCACAAGCAGGCAGAGAGGCAAGCAGAGAGAGAGGCAAGCAGAGAGAGAGGAGGAAGCAGGCUCCCCGCUGAGCAGAGAGCCUGAUGCAAGGCUCGAUCCCAGGACUCUGAGAUCAUGACCUGAGCCGAAGGCAGCGGCUUAACCCACUGAGCCACCCAGGCGCCACCCAGAUCCUGUUUUAAAGAUAAAACAUAUCAGAAUCUACCCAUGUCUUGCCACUUUCACUGUUACCAUUUGGUCCAGGGCAUCUUGGACCUGGAUUACUGCAACAGCUUCUUAAUCCUCAUGUUUGUUUCCUGUGUGGAUGACUGUGAAGUCAGACUUCUGUCUUCUCUCUGCUCAGACAUUUCUUUGUCUUUCCUUAUGCUCAGACAUUUCUAAUGGUUUCCAUCUCAUUUAGUCCUUUCACUGCCUCCAGGUACCUACCAACUCUAAGGCCCAUGUUAGCUGUGACCAAACGUCUAAUCAUUGCUACCUUAUUUUAGCACAGUGUCUUCCUUGCUUUCCUCCAAUACACCAAGCAAACUUCCACCACAGGAUAUUUGCACCUGCUGUUCUGGCUGCUGUGCUCUUCCCUAUGCCUGUGGCUCUUUUCUUCCACUCCUUCAAUACUUGGUUCUUCCCUUAACAUUUCUGUAAACACAAAAGGGUGUUUGUUUGUUUUAAUUUAUCAUUUGUCUAAGUAGACCCCACACUCAACAUGGGAAUCGAACUCACAAUCCUGAUAUCAUGAGUUGCAUGCUCUAGAGUGCCUAGGUGGCUCAGUUGGUUAAGCAUCCAACUCUAUUUGGGCUCAGGCCAUGGUCUCAUGGUCAUGAGAUUGAGCCCUGUAUUGGGCUCCACGCUUAGUGGGGAGUCUGCUUGAGAUUCUCUCUCCCACUCCCUCUGUCCCUCCCACUACACACUCCUUCUCUCUCUAGAAUAAAUAAAAUAAAUCUUUAAAAAAAAAAAAAGAGUCAUAUGCUCUGCCAACUGAGCCAGCCAGGCACUGUCCCUCUCCCUGUUCUGUGGUGGUUUUAUUUUUAUUUCUUUCUUUAUGUUUUAAAGAUUUUAUUUAUUUGUUUGAUAGAGCACAGCAGGGGAGCAGCAGAGGGAAAGGGAGAGGGAGAAGCAGGCUCACUGAGCAGGGAUCCCAAAGCAGGACUUGAUCUCUGGGAUCUUGACAUGAGCUGAAGGCAGAUGGUUAACGACUAAGCCACCAGUGCCCCAGUUGUGUGUUUUUUUUUUUUUUUAAGAUUUUUUAUUUAUUCAUUUGAGAGAGAGCACAAGCAGGGGCAGAGGGAGAAACAGACUCCCCACUGAGCUGCAAGCCCAAUGCAGGGCAGAUGCUGAACCAUUUGAGCCACCCAGGCACCCUUCUAUGGUGGUUUUAAAAUGCCUCCAUAAAAUUUUUGAUACUCCUCCCUUUAAGAGAUGAAGACUAAUUCCCUUCCCCUUGAAUAUGGCCUGGACUUGGUUAUGUAAUUUUAACAAAUACAUGUCAGAAGUGACUGAUUUCCAGGAUUAGCCCAUAAAAUAGCAUUGCUGCCUCUUUUAGUCUCUCUUGGGUCAAUCUGGGGGAAACCAACUCCAUGUUAGGAAGACACUGAGGCACAAGGCCCUGUCCUCUGGAGAGUUCCAUCAGGGAGAACAGCUUCCCACCAACAGCCAUGGGAGUGAGCCAUCCUGGAGGUGGAUCCUCCAAUUCUAGUCUAGUCUUCAUGGAGCUGUAGCUACAGCCAGUAUUUGCACUACAACCUCAUGAGAAGUGAGCCAGAACCACUCAGCUACGCCACUCUCAAAUUCCUGAUCCACUGAAUUGUGAGAAAAUAAAUGUUUUAAGCUUGCUAAGUUUAAGUGUAGUUUGUUACAAUGUAAUGGGUAGCAUGUAUCCUUUCCUUUCUAUUCCCCUCAACCCAGAUUUAUUUUUCCCCACUUUAAUUAUUGCCAUCUAAUAUACUGUGUAUUUCCCCCACUGGAAUUAUACCAUUAUAAUAUGUUUUAUUUAUUCCCCUGUCCAACAGCAUCUAGCACAAAGGUGCUCAGUAAAUAUGUGUUGGAUAUAUGGAGGUCUGUGUCUUUCUGUCUUUGUCUCUGUGAGGUGGUUUAGGAUCAGAUGGGAGUUCAGCGAGGGUGUAAGAGACAGCCUCUCCUCUUCACAGAUGAAGAGAGAGGUAAACCAGGUCCCAGUGAUGCUUAUUGCUUCCUCUCCGCCCUUCUCAGUUGUAGCCCUCCUGGCCCAGACCCCAAGGACAGGUUUACUAUGCUUGAUUCAAGAUUGAUUUCCUUCCUUUUGGGAUUAGUUGCCCAAUCCCUUGCCCCUGUCCUACUCUGCCCUCUGCAAAGCAGUCUCCAAACUCUCAGAACUGGAAUUUCCCUAGGCCAGUUUCUGUCUUUCCAAGAAAAAUCUUAACCAUCUCUCUCUCCAGGUACCCCCUCUUUUCAAAGCAGAGGUUUGGGUAUGGGGUAGGGUUUAAGGGGAGCAAGGUGGGCACAGGAGUUCUUCAGAGCUCUACCCUCUGUCCUUAUUCCCCAGAAGCCCCUAAGACAUGUCUGCCAGCUUCUGCACCUUCAGAUUCUCCCCUCUGGGUCCCGAAGAGGGAGCAGGACUCUUCAGGAGAACUCACGGCACACAAAGCUAUGGGGGAGCAGGCAUCAGUACUGAAGGCAGUUGGAUCACCAAGGCUGCUUCUUGGGAGGUUGGGAUUGUCUGGCUGUCAGGUCUGAAAUGUAAGCAGGAGAACACUGGAGUGAGCCAAAGGUAUGAGCAGUACUGAGUUUCAGUAUGAUCAGGGAUGGGUCAAAGAAAACAAGGACUUAGUGCUGCAGUGGAAUCUGGGCGAGGGACAAAGGUGGAGGUUAGAGGACAAGAAGAGUGGCAAGGUGGGGCGCCUCGGUGACUCAGUGGGUUAAGCCUCUGCCUUCAGCUCAGGUCAUGAUCUCAGGGUGCUGGGAUUGAGCCCCACAUGGGGCUUUCUGCUCAGUGGGGAGCCUGCUUCCCCCUCUCUCUCUGCCUGCCUCUCUGCCUACUUUUGAUCUCUCUCUGUGUGUCAAAUAAAUAAAUAAAAUCUUUCAAAAAAAAAGAAGAAGAAGAAGACCUGCAAGGUGUUACACAAGAAGAGAAGUAAGCACAAGAGGAGAAGUAGGAAGAGCUAGUAGUGAUCCAGGCCAGGACAAGCUGGGUCUGAGAGGAGGGAGGGGAGGGGAGGCAAAGUCACACCUGGAUUUCUGCCUCCUCAAGGAAUCUUGGCCCUGAGAACAGUGUGCCUCACUGGGUGUGAGGUCAGAGGAUGGUCCCUGGCUCUGACAUAGUUGAGUUUCAUACUCAAGCCAGGUGUCAAACCAACAGAUACAGGUUGUUCACUCACAUACUUGGAAUCAUUUCUGGAUGGCUGUCAUGCUUUUGGUAGGUCCAUCCCAUUGGGCACAGGAAGAAACUGGAGAAGUUAUGAGGGUGCCUAGGAAAGGGAGGGGGUAUCCAAGCUUCUCAGAGGAAAAAUCAAAUCGUGGCCUGCCACUCAGCGCCCCCAAAUAAGAUAAAGAAUCUCAGCCUCUGGGGGAUCACUGGGGGUAGAGUGGGCCUGGAACAGUUGGCUGAAGGGGUCUGGAAAUACAAACUGUGGAGUCACACACAAAAUGGUUGAGGAAGCAUGUGAAGAUUGGCAAAAUGGUAAGAAUGACAGUUGAAAUGUGGGAUGGAUACCAGAGGUUCAUAAUACUAUUAUUCUCCUUGGGUAUAUGUUUGAAAAUGUCCAUAACAGAAGGUUACAAAAGCUUUAAAACAAAACAACAACAACAAAGUGUGAAUGUAUCUGCGCGUGGCGUGUGUAGCCUGCUGAUGUGGGUGCCGAAGCAGUUCAAUGACCUCUGCGUGUCAGUGCAGAUGUGUGCCUUCGCCACCGUGGGCACGGACUGCGCAAGCUGCAUCGUGCAUGCGUUUGGGGACAGCGCUUGGGCAGGGCAGCGGGAAAGCUUUUGCUCUGUGCAGGCCCUCCACAUUCACCUAGCAUCUUGCCGAGUGAGUCCCCUCAUGAUCACAACCUGCCCAGGCCACUGGUGCUGUAAUGUCCGUGUAACCAGAUAUGUGAGACAGGGCGGCUGUGUGCCUGAACUUGUGACAGGGUAUGAACACGGUUAUCUGUGUGUGAAUGCCAGGCACUGAGUGUGGAUUUGGGGGGCACGACUUGGUGUGACGGAGCCCUGGUCCAGAGUCCAGUGGUGUUAGACUCCUCACUCUCCUUUGAACGAUCCCCGGCAGCUCUCCAGCGCCCUCUCCGCCCCCGUCUGAUAGUACGAAGGGGGAAACACCUGUUGGGGGGCUGGGAUCGGCAGAGGCCCCCCGGGCCUCUCCCCGGGCGCCCCCGCCCGCCCUGCCCCUGUCGGGUCCCGCCCCCGCGGCGGCGCCGGCAGAGCCGCUUGUGAGCGCACCGCGGUCAGAAGAGCGCACGGCGGCAGGAGCGCACGGCGGGGGACCCCGCGCAGGGAAGCGAGCGGAGCUAGUGGCUGCCCGAGAGGCGGGCGGAGCAGAGGGAGCGCCGUGGAGACGCCGGGGGCACCGGGCCGCUCCAGGCUGGCGGCCCUUUCCUCGGGGCCCCGCCUGGUGCCAGCCCCCUCACCAGCGGGGGGACUGCGCCUGGAAGCUGUAAUGGAGGCCCUGCAGAGGCAGCAGGCAGCCCGCCUGGCCCAAGGGGUGGGGCCAUUGGCCCCCCCACGCUCACUGCCACCACCACUACCUCCUUUGCCUGGCCCCCGGACCCUGCAGGCCCCUGAGGGGGCCUUGGGGGAGGUUGGGACUGAAGAAGAGGAGGAUGCUGAAGAGGAUGAGGAAGGGGAGGAAGCUGGGGCAGAGGAGGAGGCAGCCGAGGAGAGCCAUCCAGGGACACGGGGCCCCAGCUCACCUUCCAGCCAACCCCCUGGACCUCAUCCCCAUGAAUGGACCUACGAGGAACAGUUCAAGCAGCUGUACGAGCUUGAUGCAGACCCCAAGAGGAAGGAAUUUCUGGAUGACCUGUUUAGCUUCAUGCAGAAGAGGGGGACACCAGUGAACCGUGUGCCCAUCAUGGCAAAACAGGUGCUGGACCUGUACGCGCUCUUCCGUCUGGUGACAGCCAAAGGCGGCCUGGUGGAAGUCAUCAACCGCAAGGUGUGGCGGGAGGUCACGCGCGGCCUCAGCCUGCCCACCACCAUCACGUCGGCAGCCUUCACUCUACGCACCCAGUACAUGAAGUACCUGUACCCCUACGAGUGCGAGACGCGGGCGCUUAGCUCCCCGGGGGAGCUCCAGGCAGCCAUCGACAGCAACCGACGCGAGGGCCGUCGUCAGGCUUAUACCGCCGCUCCGCUCUACGGCUUAGCUGGGUCUACCCCUCGGGGAACCCCGGGCCACCUCUCGGGUCCCGGCGCCGCCCCGCUGACGCCUACGCCCAGCCCCGGUACAGCCCAGGGCUCCACCUCAGGCCUGCCGGCCCACGCCUGCGCGCAGCUGAGCCCGAGCCCCAUUAAGAAAGAGGAAAGCGGAAUUCCAGCCCCUCGACUGGCACUGCCUGUGGGCCUGGCUUUGGGAACUGCAAGGGAGAAGUUGGCACCAGAGGAGCCACCAGAGAAGAGGGCUGUGCUGAUGGGGCACAUGGACCCACCUCGACCUGGAGUUCCCUCCAGUUUCCUGCCCCGUGGCAAGGUUCCCCUAAGGGAAGAGCGGCUGGAUGGGCCUCUCAAUCUGGCAGGCAGUGGUAUCAGCAGUAUCAACAUGGCACUAGAGAUCAACGGGGUGGUCUACACUGGUGUUCUCUUUGCCCGUCGCCAGCCUGUGCCAGCUUCCCAGGGUCCAACCAACCCUGCACCUCUUCUCCCUACAGGACCCCCUUCCAGCACCUCACCAUGAGAACUCCCACUUGGAAUUAAGAGUCCCAGCUCCAGUGCUGAGGGGAGGGGAGGAGACAUCCCCCACACCUUGAUUCUUUCAGGGUGCCCACUCUAGGACCCAGCCCUGGGACAUGCCCCCCCCCCCCGCAAGAUGCCAUGUGGGAUUGAAGCCAAAGAGUUUUCUUUCAAUGUUACAUCUACCUCAUUGUAAAGGGAGAGCAUCUCCUCCCUGCUUGACCCCAGCAGCAUCAGCAUCUACCAAAGAGUUCUGCCCCCAGUAAUCCCAGUCAUCUCCUCAUGUGCUUCCCUAUAUCAAUGUCAUCUCUGGGACCCCAUUUCUUCAAAUCAUACCUGCUUCUCUUCAGAAGCCAUGUGAAGGGUUACGUUGGGGUGUUGUGAAGGAGUCGUCCCUCAGGUCACAUCAGAAUAAUAAAGCUGCAGUCCCUCCCUC